UAUAUUAAUGACACUGCAAACACAGAGAGAGACAGUCUGCCUGCUCUCCCUUGGUCUGCUCACACUCUGUAGAUGCUCAGGAUCAUGAGGCCAAUCUUGGCAUGGAUGUCAGCCCUGCUGGUGGCUGUCCCACUAGGCUUGGAGGCUGCAGUCAGUGGUGCCACUGGUGUUCUUGGGAAGUCAUCUGAACUAGAGAGCUGUUCCCAGGUGAAGCUGAGGCCUGCUGGUCAGUGUGGGGAUGAAGAAGAAUGCCCAUACCAGAUAACCCUCCCUCCAAUGACCAUCCAGCUGCCCAAGCAGUUCCGGCUACUGGAGAAGACCAUGAAGGAGCUCCAGAGCCUGAAGGAGACGGUGAGACAGCUAAGGAGUGCCUGCCUGGAAUGCGGCCAGCAGGCUGAUGAGAGUAUAAGGAGGGACACCAGUGAGACCCCAACCAAGAAAGACCACGGCAGAGGCGACAGCAGCAGGAGCGCACCAUCAAACAGCAGUUCCAGCAAUGAUGUCAUUCAGGAGAUGCAGACAAAAAUGAGCCGCAUGUCUAACAGCCUGAAGAACGCGCGCAAUCAGAUCAACACAAUGCAGGUAAAACUGGACAUGAUGAACGGUCUCAGCCAGAACGUGGAGGAAGUGGUGGACCGUAGGGUGGCCAACCUUACAGGAGUGAUCAACAAACUCAGCAGCACCUGCUCAACAGAAUGUGCCGCAGCCAGGAGCGCACCACAAUAUAUGAUCGCACACAGAGACUGCUCAGACUACAGUGACCUAAAGCACAGGAUAAAUGGAGUCUACAGUGUGACCCCUGACCUCAGGAACGAUACCUUUGAGGUGUUUUGUGACAUGGAAUCAUAUGGUGGUGGGUGGACUGUUGUGCAGCGCAGAGUGAACGGCGCUGUCAGCUUUAACCGUACCUGGGCUGAGUAUAAGAAGGGAUUUGGGGACCUGCAGGGGGAUUUCUGGCUUGGCAAUGACAAAAUCCACCUGCUCACGAAAACAAAAGACAUGGUUCUGCGCAUUGAGCUUGAAGACUUUUUGGGGGUGCGAGAAUACGCCAAGUACGAUCAGUUCUACGUUUCUAAUGAAUUUCUCAAUUAUCGCCUAUCACUGAAUGGUUAUUCCGGCACAGCCGGGGAUGCCAUGCACCCCAAGCACGACCAGAAGUUCUUCACCACCCAUGACAAGGACAAUGACAUGUACCCUUCAGGAAACUGUGGCACUUACUACGGAUCAGGCUGGUGGUUUAAUACCUGCAUGUCUGCCAACCUCAAUGGCAAAUACUACAUCAAAAGAUACAAAGGGAAGAGAGAUGGAAUCUUCUGGAGCACAUGGCACAACAUAACCAGCGAGUACUACCCCACCAACUACAGGCGAGCGUUCAAAACCGUCACAAUGAUGAUCAGACCAAAGACCUAUGCACCCUAAAGAAACAAGAGCACCACAGCAGUGACACUGGUUUCCCAAGCAUUUAAGCACCUUAUGUCUGCAGUUUAAUCAGAUAAUAAUUCUACUCAACAACAACAUCUCAAUUAUACACAGAAAAAAAUGCUUAUGGUGUGAAUAAAGCAUAUAGAUACAUGAGUCCAGCAGCAAAUAUUGGCGUCAUAUACAGUGCUCCUGCACAGUGUAUUUGACUAAUACUGCCAUCUUUUGUCACAUUAUUUCAUUGCAGUAUAGUUUUGUAAAGCAUAAACUGUUAAAGUACAGGAGGAAAUGUACAUUAUUUAUUUUUUGAUUGUCAGUAUCACUGUAAGUAAAACAAGAAGAUUACAAUACUGUGUGUGAAACGUGUUAAAUUGUGAUGGUGGUGAUUACUGGCUUAUGUGUGUCAAAAUAUUUUUGCUUUAUCAGAAAUAAGAUUAAUGGCUUCAGUUUAAAGUUGUGUUUAUGCUUUUCCAUUGACUAAAAUUGUACAUGGAGCUAUACUGGAGCACUUCUAUCAUAUUUUAGUUUUGUAUGCAUUUUUAAUUUGUUUCUCAUACCCAUUCAUUGACAUUAUCAUGAACAUGCAAAUAAAAAGUUUAUCAGUUAUUUAAUUAACCAUUUGUUCACCUUAAGCUUUCUCAGUGGCCAUGUGUGGCUGCUGGGCUUCACUCCAACUAAACAGAAGCAAACAUGAUUAAUUGUUGAAGAUUAAAAUAAAUAUAUAUCUUCCAUUUGUCUUUUUCGGUAAAAUCAGUUGUUUUCUUUACUACUAUAAGUUAUUUUAUUUUAACUGCCUUCAUGAAGUGAGAAAUAUUAUUGUAAAUAAAGAAGAAAUUGUUGA